AUGCAGCUCUUCUGCUGCUGUGGCCCUCGCCGCAAAGACAGGCGAGAUGGCGACCAAGACGGCGAGAAUGGCCCCUCUAUCCAGGCCGUGAUCCAACGUGGCCUUAUCGACACUCCCCCAAGCGCCAGCCCGGCUCACGAGCUCGUCACCAUUCAGCCUCCAACUCACGCGGCUCGUCAAAGUUCCCAGAUAUCCCCCGGGGAGGGACCGGUCGAUCUGUGCCAGCUGGCUGACCGGGAUGAUCCUGAAGACGAUGGCGAUGACGAGCAAGACGAUGCAAGCCAGUCAGCCAAAAGAUCUACAAAUACACUUGACGCGGUUCGCACCAAACUUAUCCGUCACAUGUCCCAGGACAAUGAGGUUAAACGUCAGUCCCGUGCCGCCGUUGGUCACAGCGAAGAGGAGCUGGCCCGGCGGGCAGAAUUGAGACGCUUCAGACAGAAGAGGAUCCAAGACGAGCUCGAAGCUGGCGGCAGCAUGGACGGCGGUAGCAGCAGGUCUCACUGGAGCACUCGAUACCUCUCGCCGCUCAUCGACCCCGGCCAGCCCGGUGGUGGCCCAAGGGACACGAUAGAGUUUACCGUCGAGACCGGCGCUGCCUUUCAUACGCCCUCUGUCUCUGCCCACGGAAGCCCUAUGGAGACGACUCGAAGGCAGGUCAGCUGCCCUCAGCUCGUUUCGAACGACUGCAAGACCGCGGCAAGCCCCGUCAACCACGAAGAGCGCUGCCCAGAACCGGCUUUGACUGCGACAACUGCUCCCUCCCCACCACGGCCCUCGACGGCGCAGAGCAUGAAUGGCCAAACGGUAGCUGGCCUAGGCCUCAAUUCUCCUCGUCUGGAAAGGGUACUUGGUUCUGACAACGAUUUCGAUAUUCGGCAUGGCUCCCACGCCUGGGAUGAUCAGUCGACUCUCGGUAUUUGGCUUAUGGCGCAAGGAAUGCGGUCCAGAGAUACAUCACUGCUUCGUCUCGGUGAAGGCGAAUCUGAUGUAUCCCCUGAAGGUGAUGCCAUGCACUCACCCUCCCAGGAUUUCGGCGGAAUCGAUAGUGUUCUUGAUACACCACCGUCUGUGAGCCAGGAGAAUAGCAUUGCCACGGCACUUCACCCCCAUGAGGGCGGCGUGGAUGCCUCUUGGCGACAAAUGGCCGAUGGCAACGCAAUUGGAGCCACGACAGAGGAAGCAACUCUAGCUGAGGGCGCCGAUCAAGGCCCUCUGAGCGUAAAAGUUACGAAUUCUGCUGCGUCGGCUUCAGGCACCAACCUUGCUGAACGCAGCAAGAACAACCCCUCGUCGAAUUACCCAUCCGUUAUGCCGAGCUUCGAGCCAAGCCCCGCUGACUCGACGGCCAACGGUCUUAGUCUCAGUCCACAGGAUAUCGAGAACCUCGAGCUGUCCCCGUUCCAUUGGCAAGGAGAAUUUCCCAUAUCUCGCGAGCUCGGUCAUUCCGAGGGCCGGAGCUCCUACGCAACUGCGGAGGACGACACGUCGAACGCUGAAAACAAUUACGGCAUCCUUACGAAUCUUCCACGCUCUCCUCACGCUGCACACAGCAGAGGCUCCGCCGUCGCUUCCGACACGACAAGCUUCCAGAGACGAGACUUUGAACUUCGGUCCAUGGACCAAACGCUCACUGACGCCGCAUCCCGGAAGAGCAGUCUGGCCACCCAGAGCCGCUUCAAGGAAGACCUUGGGGCGACAUCGGCCCCAACCCCGGAUCUGGCUCCUUCGGCCCCCCAAGUCACAAAGAUGCUGCCUCUGAGGAAAUAG